UGAAACCAAACGUAGCACAUCUGCUCUCCACACUCCAAAUACUCUCCUCAUUUCCAUUUCACAACACAACUGAAGAAGAUAUCUAUCUCUCACAAUGGGAUUAGGGUUACUCGCUUCUCGAGCCCUACGAUCUUCUAGAAUCUUCCGUAACCCGACCAAUUCCGUACUCCGCACCAUCGUCUCCACACCGGAACUAAACAACGCCGAUGCCGCCGCAGCAACGGCACCAGCACCCGUACCGUCAGAUCGAAGCCCGGUUGGUGGGGCACGAGUUCAUUUCCCUAACCCGGAUGACGUCAUCGAGGUCUUUGUGGAUGGGUACCCGGUCAAAAUCCCUAAGGGCAUGACUGUACUUCAAGCUUGUGAAAUUGCUGGAGUUGAUAUCCCUAGGUUUUGUUACCAUAGCAGGCUAAGUAUUGCUGGAAAUUGCCGGAUGUGUCUUGUUGAGGUUGAGAAAUCUCCUAAGCCUGUUGCUUCUUGUGCCAUGCCUGCACUUCCAGGAAUGAAGAUCAAGACAGAUACACCUAUUGCCAAAAAGGCUCGUGAAGGAGUCAUGGAGUUUUUGCUUAUGAAUCAUCCGCUGGAUUGUCCAAUUUGUGAUCAGGGAGGAGAAUGUGAUCUCCAAGAUCAGUCUAUGGCCUUUGGCUCAGACCGCGGGCGUUUCACUGAAAUGAAGAGGUCUGUGGUUGACAAGAAUUUGGGCCCAUUGGUGAAGACUGUGAUGACCCGGUGCAUCCAGUGUACAAGGUGCGUCAGGUUUGCUACAGAAGUAGCUGGAACGGAGGACCUUGGAAUGUUGGGUCGUGGUAGUGGAGAAGAAAUUGGAACUUAUGUUGAAAAACUUAUGACAAGUGAACUUUCAGGGAAUGUGAUUGAUAUUUGUCCAGUUGGAGCCCUUACCUCAAAACCUUUUGCCUUUAAAGCCAGAAAUUGGGAGCUAAAGGGCACAGAAAGCAUUGAUGUGACUGAUGCCGUUGGUUCUAACAUUCGAAUUGAUAGUAGAGGUCCGGAGGUCAUGCGUGUUGUACCGCGAUUAAACGAGGUACUGCACUUUAUUAUUGCUCUUAUGUCUUUCCUCUCUGAAAUGUUUAGUGGUGCUAAUACAUGGAUUGUCAUAUUCAUGCCGAUCACCUGGCUUCUUGAAUUCCAGCCAAGGGUGGAAGCUGCUAUGGUGAAUGCCAGAAUACGCAAAACAGUUAGAGCAAAUAAUGCUAAGGUGGGUUAUAUUGGGGCUGCUGCUGAUUUCAACUACGAUCAUCAACAUCUCGGAACAGACCCUCAAACACUAGUUGAAAUUGCUGAGGGCCGCCACCCCUUCUCCUCGGCUCUUAAAAAUGCUAAGAACCCAGUCAUCAUCGUCGGUGCUGGUGUGUUUGACCGAGAGGACAAGGAUGCUGUUUUUGCUGCUGUUGACACUAUUGCGAAGAACAAUAAUGUUGUGAGAUCUGAUUGGAAUGGACUAAAUGUGUUGCUGCUGAAUGCUGCCCAAGCUGCCGCUCUUGAUCUUGGACUUGUGCCUGAAUCUGAAAAAUGCAUUGAUUCUGCGAAGUUUGUAUAUUUGAUGGGUGCUGAUGAUGUGAGCUUGGACAAACUUCCAGAUGACGCCUUUGUGGUUUACCAAGGUCACCAUGGUGAUCGUGGUGUAUAUCGUGCCAAUGUGAUUUUGCCGGCAUCUGCUUUCACCGAGAAAGAAGGAAUAUAUGAAAACACAGAAGGAUGUGCUCAGAUCACACUGCCAGCCGUUCCUACUGUGGGUGAUUCCAGGGAUGAUUGGAAGAUAAUCAGAGCAUUAUCUGAGGUCGCAGGUAUUGGAUUACCCUAUGAUAGUCUAGGGGCAAUCCGAUCUCGAAUUGGGACAGUGGCACCAAAUCUCCUGGAAUUGGAUGAGAGAACACCAGCCACAUUCUCAACUUCUUUAAGACCUGAGGUCAGCCAAAAAGUAAGUUCAACUCCAUUCACACCUGCUGUGGAGAACUUCUACAUGACUGAUGCAAUUACUAGGGCCUCAAAGAUUAUGGCUCAGUGUAGUGCCUUGCUAAGGAAAUGAGCAUCGGGUUUCUAUACCUGUAAUAAGAUUUUUCGUUCACUUUUUCCUGCCAGUGUUAUCAGUUUUAAAGUUGAUGGAUUUUUUGUAUUGGGAUCAAAAGAAGAGUGCAGAGAAGACUGUAAAUUGAUGUGCCACAGUGAAUGUUCUCAUAAAUGGCACCAUAACUUGGGUCUCUGGUUUGUACCUUUUUCUGUAAUUCAAUCAGCAGGUUUGCUGUAUUCUUGAGUUUUACACACUAAGAUAGGAGAAGCUGGGGUAUUCUCUUGCACAAAAUAUGAAACUGAAGAAACUCUUCUUCAACACAAUAAGACAUUGCCUCAAUUCAGCAGACUGCUACACUAUAUUAUCCAGUUA